GUGGUGACCAUCUCAAGGACAUGAACGUCGCAAACUUGUUGCACGUUGAGUCGAACUCGCUGGAGCAGCUCCUCCAAACCCUCGUGACACGGCUGAACGACAUCGAGUCAUCGAUACCGAGCCAUCCCGCGCUUGCGAGCCUUGCCGAUCGCUUGACGGUGGUCGAGUCGAACAUCUUUGCGUCGUCGACGUCCGGUGCCUCUCGUCUUGAACCAUCAAGCAGUGGUCCCCCGGCUUCCAAUACAGCUACUUUCUUUCACCACCUCGACGACCUCCGAGCCCAUCAAAUGAAGCUCCGACUGGACCAUGACGUCCACAUUGCAACGCUGCAGUUGGAGCUGGAAAAACACAAGCGGGCGGUCGCGGCGCUGCCAUCUUCUGCCGAUGCCGACUUGCUGCGACAGAGUGUUCUAGCCGAGGCCGCUCAACUCGUGCACGGCACCGACGUCAAGAUAACUCAGGUCGAGCGUGUUGUGGACGAAAAGUUGGCGGCACAAGCCUCUGCGGAAGCCCAGUGGAAAGCAGCGUUCGAAGCGUCCACGAUGGCUCGAAUUGACGGCAUUUUCAACGCCAUCCACGAAAACUCGACCACGAUCACCAACGUCGUCACGGUGACGGAGAACCGUAUCAAGAUGCAGCAAGAAUCAGUGGAUGUGAUGGAAGAUACCGUCGCGUUCCUCCGAGACAAGGUGGCCGCGGUCGACCACACAAGCGAAGACCUGGCCAAGCGCGUUCGAGCACUGGACGAUGCGGCUGCCAACAACCACGCCAAGCUGCUGCAACUCCGCGCGACGGUCGAUUCGCGGGAUUCCGACUACCACUCGACAUUCCAGAGCCAUGCCAAUACCCACCACCAACUCCAGGCUCAGCUCGGUGACGUCCAUGAAGCCUUAAGCAGCCAUAAAGACGCGACGGCCAGUUCAGUGGCCGAGCUCCAGUGGAAGGUGGGAGACGUUGCAACUCGAGUUGACGCCGCGACCGGACGGCUUGAUGCCGUGGAUGCGACCGUGGCCGACUUGGCGACGAGGCUUGGCGACGUUUCCAACGUCGUGGCAACUCACGAAACGCGGCUCGACGUGCUGACAAACCACCAGAUGAAGGCACAGGCGCUCCACUUGAAGCUGGACGCGGCGGUGUCUGGCAUGGAAAAGGAACUUCGGCUGCGUUUGGAUGAUGCCGACAAAGCAUUCGACGCGCUCAACAACGAAUUCGCGCUGUUUCGGCGUCAAGCGGGCGAAGUUCAGUGGGCGCAAGGCGAGACGAACAAAAUGGUGGCCGUCGAGUGCAAAGAGCUCGCGCGGUCGGUGCAUGCUGUGCGGGGGGAAGUGCGCGAUGUCGCGUCCGACCUGCCCAAAUUUCAUGCGGAGCUCAGCCAUACGAAUGCAAACGUGGCGAAUGUGCGGCUCGAAAUGCGCGACAUUCGAAGCGAACACGUGUCGGCCCAAGAGACGAUGGGCGCGAUCUCGAAUCGCCUGAGCGAUUUGAAAUCGACCACAGCGUCCCACCUUGACCGAGCCAAGGCGCAGCACAGCGAGCUCGAACAAGGAUUCAAAGAGACCUCCAUCGUCCUCGAACGCGUCGUGGCAAAGAUGGAAGCCGAACACAAGCACACUCAGACAAGCAUGCAAGAGCUCAAGAAGGUCAUGGACGGUCUGCAGCACGUCGACUUGAACGACGUGGCGGCGGUCGAGAAGCAGUUGAAUGUGUUGGCACUCUCGAUCGCUCAAAUCGAUUUGAAGCACGAGCAUUUCCGUUCGCACAGCACGUCGUACCCUGACGACGUCAAGAGCGAGUUGUCUGGCCUGUUGCUGCGGGCCGGACGGCUCAUGUCAGGCUCGAUUCGGUGCCAACUCAAUGUCAAGCUCCUCACGGACGACUUAAACGUGGACGAAGCAGGGCUUUUGCACUCGUUGCGGAAGGCUGCGGCGGCAUCCUUUGCAAAGAAGGUCCAUCACUUGGUCGACAAGUUGUCGCCGCCGCAAGAGGCCAAGUACACGGUGCAGGCGCGGGAUAUCUUUGAACGGCGCUUGCGGGCAUGCCUCGAAUGUCGAUUCAAAGAUGCCUCGCUUUCAGCCACGUCGUUCGAUGGCCAGCCCCCGGGAAAGGGCCGGCCAAACACCGCCACGUGCAUUUCGUGUGAUCGACCAAUAUACGAAUCGACCCCCGCCCCACUAUCUCCACGGGAUCCAACCAACCAAGUUGACGAUGCGAUGGAUGCCAAGAAAUCGACAAAGACCAACCCGAUCGACACAAGAGCCGUGAUUCCGAGACGUUCUGGCCACACCACCGUGCCACCCAAAGCCAUGGCCGAGCCCAGUCACAUCCAUCCACACACAAAAGACAAGUUUAUCUAUCGGGGCGGGUUCCGCCUGCCGCGGCAUGGCACCGCCAAGGCGUCGGCAGAUGUAGCGGACGCUGUCAGCGCUGUUCAAGCAGCCACCCACCUCGUGCACGCCGUCGACUUGAACGACCAGCCAUGUCUGGAAAAAGUAGCGCUCGUGGGAAAGUUCCAGAAUGACUCCACCGUCGGCGCGCCCGCAUCGCUGCUGCUGCAGCGCCCGCAGACUGCGCCACACUGCAAGUCUCUCCCGCGGCUCCCCUCGUCGUCGUCGGCGCUCACGUUGCAUGCGAUCCCUGGGGGGUCAUUGCCACCUGCAGAGUAGUCUAACACAACCAGUCGAGCUUUGCGCUCUGUCCUUGACAAAAAUGGGCUGGAGUAUAC